AGUUAUAAUCUUAAAUUUCGCAUGGAAACCGGUGCACAAAAUUUAAGUUAGAACAUAAAAUGUUAAAAUACGAGAAACAAAUUAUUUAUUCUGCAUUUAAUUAUAACUAGAAAAUCUCAAAAUGGCCAGGAAAAAAAUUAUGGAACACUCAGCUAUUUUGAUAAUAUUAUCGAUAUUUGUUAAAAAUAUAAUGGCUACAGUACCCAAGCCUCGAAAUCCAGAUGGACAAAAUAAAACAAAGAAUAUUAUUCCGGAAAAUUACAUUAAAGAAAUAAGACCUCCAACAAUGGAAGGAAAGCCUAUAGAAGUUGAUUUUAGCAUUAGAGUAAUGGAUAUCAAUUCAAUUAAUGUGGAAGAUAUGGAUUUUCGUAUGGACAUGUUUCUAAAACAAGAAUGGCAAGAUGCCAGAAUCAAAAUACCCGAAGAAAUGUUCGAGUAUGGAGACGAUUCUGUUACUCUACCGUCUCAAUUUUUUGAGAACUUGUGGCAACCCGAUUUAUAUUUUUUAAAUUCCAAAGUAGUCGAAAUCGCAACUUUGACUCACAAAUUUUCUUCGGUCACUUUGUUUAAAAAUAAAACGAUCAGGUAUGCUGCUAGGAUGCACGCUAUAGUUGCUUGCCAAAUGGAAUUUUAUCACUAUCCCAUGGAUACUCAAGUAUGUCCAAUAGCAGUCGAAAGUUUUUCCUACAAUACCAAUAAAAUGUUAUUAAAAUGGCAUGGAGCAGGUGUAACUAUUAUUCCGGAAUUAAAGCUGUUACAAUAUAAUAUUCUUCCACUCAUAUUAGAAGAGACGCACGCUUACACCGUUGAGAAAAACGGUAAUUUUUCGCGAUUACUAGUAUAUUUUCGAUUUGAAAGGCAAAUCGGCCACCAUUUAAUACAAACUUUCGCUCCGUCGACUUUGGUAGUGGUACUAUCGUGGUUCAGCUUUUGGUUGGAUCUGGAUGCGAUACCAGCACGAGUAACACUUUUAGUUACAUGUCUUCUUACCUUGGUUACAAUGUUCACCGGAUUAAGAACCGAUAUACCAGCAGUAGCUUACAUAAAGGCACUGGAUCUUUGGAUGGCAGGAUGUAUGAUUUCGGUUUUCGCUGCCCUAGGAGAAUUUGUCAUUGUUAAAGUUUUAUACGGAAAAUAUAACAUUCUGAAGGCGAAAGAGACGAAAUUGUUGAAGGAUACUUCUUUAACGCAAUGGGUAGGUCCACCGUCGCCGAAGCGCGUACACAAUUUUCGAUACAAAAAUAUGGCACAAGAUAAAAUAAUUCAUGUCUAUUGGAAAACGGAAGAUGGGAAAGAGAAAAUCAUGUGGAAAGAAAUUGAUCGUAUAGCAAGAAUAGUUUUUCCAUCCUUUUUCUUUUUUUUCAGCGUUAUGUACUGGACCAUAUUAAUUUUUGGUAGCACUCAUUAGAACACAAAAAUUAUUUAAUUAAAAAACUAUAUACAGAUAA